AUGACUCCUCCGCUGGAACCAUCAUCACCUCUAGACGGGGGUAUUCGCAAACGAGUAUGCAAGGCUUGCGAUCGGUGUCGACUAAAGAAGUCCAAGUGUGACGGGGCCACUCCCUGUAGUCGAUGUAAAGCGGACAACGCCAUCUGUGUUUUUGGGGAGCGCAAAAAGUCGCAAGACAAGGUUUAUCCCAAGGGAUACGUGGAGAUGCUGGAAAGCCAACAAGCCCAACUGGUGGCCGGCUUACAAGAACUAUACCGACGCACCCAGAAUGGCCAAGGCUGGCCCGGCUCGCCGUUGAAAGAGACCAGCCACGGCAUGCCGUUGACGCACGACAUCUUGGAGAGACUCGGCGUGUUGAAGCUAGACGGCCACGGUGCCAACGAAGUAUUCGAGGAGGACCUGACGGUGCUCCAACAGAGACUGAUCGCCGACGGUGCGGGCUUCAUGCAACGGCAGUCUUCUCACGACUCGCAUUCCGACAGCGCGGCGUCACCCCUGUACGAGCCGGUCGCACAAAGACCCAAUUUCCCCAACCCGACUCCGUUCCACGGCAACCGGUUCCCUCCCACACCGCCGAACCAGAGUCCCUUCCCACAGAGCGCCCAGGUGGUGGGCAUCCCGGCCAAGUCACAUAAUUCAUAUACCUAUCCUCAUGCGGCCACGCAUCACUCCAAUCUCAGCUGGAACACGCCGGCCUCGGAUUUGGAUACGACCGACAGCUUGGACUUCAUGAGCCAGUUCGAGUCGCCGCUGAUGGAUGUCGACUCGUCGCUGGACUUGAAUUCCUAUCCGUCCAACAUGUUUUCGGGCGAAGUCGGCGUCGCCCCUGCCGCCAUCAACCCUUGUCUGACCAUGAAAGACUGGGCAGGCCAGGAAGAUCUACAACGGUAUUUCAAUCCGACCAUGAUCUAA